CCUUUUCUAACCUAGCCAGGCACCCAGCCCCUCCCAUUUAGAACCCAAAACGUAGACCCUCGCCUCUUUAGAACCUUGAGACCAGGCUCCGUCCCGGACCCCGUCCCCAUAUCCUCAGGGACCAAUGGCGCGGAUGGGUGGGAAAGUAGGGGAUCCUCUCUGGAUCCUGAGAAAAUGCGGGCUGGGGGGCUGUUCGCUGGAGCCAGUGCCGGGCUCUAGGACCCAGCGGGCAAGUGCGCCUGCCUCGCGCUUACCCCUCCCCCAAGCCGCCCCCUCCCCCCCACCCAUCUUUCAGGUUCCCCCUCCCUCCCCCCUCGCCCCGGCUCCCGGUGCCCGUCUCUAGCGCCGCCGGAGCCAGCGAGGGAGCCGGAGCGAACAGGAGGAGGAGGAGGAGGAGGAGGAGGAGGCCACGUCGCCACCGCUCGGAGCCCGGCCGGAGCCUCGCAGGUACAUGGUUCGGGUCCGAGCCGUGGUGAUGGCCCGAGAUGACUCCAGUGGGGGCUGGCUGCCUGUGGGGGGCGGGGGCCUCAGCCAGGUGAGCGUAUGUCGGGUCCGAGGGGCCAGGCCCGAGGGGGGGGCCCGCCAGGGGCACUACGUCAUCCACGGGGAGCGCCUCCGGGACCAGAAAACUACCUUGGAGUGUACCCUGCGGCCAGGCUUGGUUUACAACAAGGUGAACCCCAUCUUCCAUCACUGGAGCCUGGGUGACUGCAAGUUUGGGCUGACGUUUCAGAGUCCGGCAGAGGCUGAUGAGUUCCAGAAGAGCCUGCUGGCAGCGCUGGCUGCACUGGGUCGAGGCUCGCUCACCCCCUCCUCCUCCUCCUCCUCUUCCUCCUCCCCUUCCCAGGAUACCGCAGACACUCCCUGCCCUCUGACGUCCCACGUGGACAGCGACUCCUCCUCCAGUCACAGCCACCAGGAGACGCCUCCCACCGCAGCGGCGGCCCCCAUCGUCACCGUGGAGUCAGCUUCUGGCUUCGGGCCGGCCACGCCCCCCCAGCGCCGCCGCUCGUCAGCUCAGAGCUACCCUCCGCUCCUACCGUUCACGGGGAUUCCGGAGCCUUCAGAGCCCCUGGCCGGGACAGGGGGGCUGGGCUGGGGCGGCCGUGGCUAUGAGGAUUACCGGCGAGCUGGGCCACCCGCACCCCUCGCCCUAUCCACCUGCGUCGUGCGCUUCGCCAAGACCGGCGCGUUGAGGGGCGCAGCCCUGGGGCCCUCGACAGCCCUGCCCGCCCCUCUCACCGAGGCUGCGCCUCCAGCGCCCCCGGCUCGCCCACCCCCGGGCCCCGGCCCGGCCCCUGCGCCUGCCAAGGCCUCCCCGGAGGCGGAGGAGGCGGCGCGCUGCGUGCACUGCCGCGCGCUCUUCCGCCGUCGCGCCGACGGGCGUGGCGGCCGCUGCGCCGAGGCCCCCGACCCGGGUCGCCGGCUGGUGCGCCGUCUCAGCUGCCUGUGGUGCGCCGAGAGCUUGCUCUACCACUGCCUGUCGGAUGCCGAGGGCGACUUCUCGGACCCGUGCGCCUGCGAGCCGGGCCACCCGCGCCCCGCCGCGCGCUGGGCCGCGCUGGCUGCGCUCUCCCUCGCCGUGCCCUGCCUCUGCUGCUACGCGCCCCUGCGCGCAUGCCACUGGGUCGCAGCGCGAUGCGGCUGCGCAGGCUGCGGGGGUCGCCACGAGGAGGCGGCGCGGUGAGGACGGCCUGGUGGGUCCGGUAGCCGGACCGAGGACCCAAAAUUGAGGGUCCAGGACCCCGGACUCCGUUCGGACCCCAAACCCAAACCUAGGCACACCCGGAACUUGGAGCUUGAGUUUGGAUUGAGAGACCCCAGACCUGGAACCCGGACCCCAAAUGUAGGACUGAGAGACCCCAGAACCAGCUUCAUUGGGAUGUCUGUCCAAGAGGUCCUAGGCAUCCUGAGUUCUGGCGUCCCCAUUCUCCAUCCCCACUCUGCCCCGCUCUGGCCUAGACUGAGGAGAUUCCAGGGAUGCCCAGACUGUUCACCUCAGGCAGGCAGGGGAGCACACGGAUCCCUGAGAAUCGGGCUCUGAAUCCUGACUCCCUGUUCAAAUUACCAGUCUAGACUCAGUCAUGCCUGGCACCAUGAACCCUCAAAUUACAGCCCCAGAAUUAGGAGUUGCCGGUACCUGACCCUGCCUGUAUACAAUUACUCCUAGAUCUUGAGGCCCUAAGACCCAGAAUCACCCCCAGAUCGUUCCUGAAUGCUCAUCUAAAACUCGGAGCACCUGUAUCUGAGAUGUUCUUGUGACUCCAGGACUUCUUAGAUACCGAAUCCUCUUAAGAUACUCUGAGUCCUUGGAUGUGCUCAAACGGAUGUUCUCUGACCCAAAUGACUUGGGAGACCCAUCUAAGAGCCCCCUUCCCCACACGCACACUGCCCAAGAUCCAGAAUUAAGACUCCAAGAUUCUCUGUGAGCCAGGGAUCAAAGAAGUCUGUAGACCACCAACACCAAGCCUGUGUUCCCAGGAGCUUUCGACUUCAUAUAUAGGACUCUGAGGUGCCUAGUCCCGCAGAUGUAAGACUGGAGGCAACCAACACCUCAGGGCCCAAGACAUUGGUCCCAGCCCCUCAGAUAGCCCUCUUCCUAUCCUCCUUGGACUUGCAUUUCAAGCCCCAGAAUGUCCUGGAAUCUUUGGCUUCUUCGUACCCACAGAUUCCCCAAUCCACUAAAGGCUGGGAGCCCAGCUCCCACAAGAUGGGAUGUUCAUGGCAACUCAGACCUCUGACCCCUUGCCCCUGAGUGACCCCAAGGUACUUUAGGAGCACUAGAUCCAAGACCCCAAGGUGCCAUUGACCCCCAAAUUCAGGACUCAAGCCUACACAAUAUUGGGAUUGUCCCUGACCCAAGACCUUGGUCCCUCCAUACCAGAGACAGACCUGAGGCUCCCCAGGACCCUAGCACCUUCAGAUCCCAGAUUUCUUUGGACUCAAACCUCUCUAGCCUGAUAUUUCCCAGGCCCAGCUUGUGCAUCCCCUGAGACCUGCUGCCGGUUGAAUCCUGCCAUCCAUACGCCCCUGAAACCCCAAGUUCCCAGACACUGGAAUUCUAGUCCCAAGGGCUCCAGCCCAUGCUCUAGUAUCCCACAGAACUACCCCUUUACCCUAAGGGGAAAAAAACAUUUUGAGCUAAUGUUCCUGGAUUCCAGGACCACCCAAGAACACCCCUGCUCCCAUCUCUAGGACCCAGCAUUGCUGUAGAUGAUUGUGCAGGCUGUUCAUGAAGCAAAGGCACACAGCCAAGAUGGUGAGUGAGGCUGGCCAUGCUGUGCCCUCAGAGGAAGGUGUGCAUUGCACGAAGGCAACUAGAUAUGGCUCUACUGGCACAAAGGCCACACACACACACACACACACACACACACACACCAGCCUUGCAGACUCUCUUCCAAGCCCAACUUUGAGUCCUAGCCCUAGUCCAAGCCUUUUAUGACCUGCCCCUCUGUUAACUCCUUCUCUUCCAUUUCAGAGUUGGGGGUUGUUUCAGAAAGUUUGAAAGCCUGGUUCAUGGCCCAUUGAGAGUCCUCUUCUGGGGAAGGGGGAUUCCAAGGUCUCUUUCCCCUGAGUGGAAUGGGACUUCUAGUGUACCACAGAUCUGAUGGCCUCCUGCAUGGGGGGGGGGGGGCGGGGAAUCACGGUCUUGGAGCAACACAAUCUCAUUGUUGUAUGGGCUUGGGACCUGCAUCUGGUCCCGAGCACCUUGAAAUGUGCACUUACCUCUCCUCAUUACCCAGACUUGGAUAGCCUUGUGGGGGUUCAAGGGAUAGGUCAAGGGGGCCAGAGGGAUGGAUCCUCCUGUCACUUCCUUUAAAUUAUUAACUAUUUAUUACAUCCGGAACCUGUGAGAUUCAGCUCUCUCAAGCAGACCCUGGGAUGGGUGAGAGAAAAGGGGGGUGUUCCUCCCAUCCCCACUCUGCCCAGCUCUCAUCACUGUCAGACCCACCAGAGCUGAGGGCGGAGGGACUGGGGGCUGGGGCAGCCUGGGUCCCCAUCCCCCUCUCUGUGCCUCGGUCUCCUCCCUUCCGUGGUGGGCGGGGGGAAGCUCCAUUCUUAACCUACCUCGUUUUGGGGAGGGGUGGGACGGGGGACCAGAGUGCUGUAAGGUGCUGCGGGAUCUGCGGAUGAAGUGGGGGGCUGGGGGACGGUUCCCUGGCUCCCACCUCCCAGCACCGCCUCUCCCAGGUCUCCCAGUCCUGCUCCCUGCUGAUACCCACCUCUGAUCCAUGAUUACUCUUCAUCACCCCUAAAUCAGGGGUGCAUGGAGGGGUGACCCUGGGAGCCAGGAAGACCUCAGACCCUGGAGCCCCCAGGCCCAAUUUCCCAGCUGCUUGCCUCUCAGAUUGGAUGCUUGGCCCCCAUACUUGGGGGAAGCACCCCGACAUUUAUCUUCCUGAUCUUGAUUCUAAGCCAGUCUGUGACCUCAAUGUUGUUAUCAGGGCAGGCUGAAGUAGUGGGGGAUGAUGCGGGCCGAAGACCCAGCCUUGUCAUCGGGGGAGGGGCAUGAGAUAUCGGCUCCAAGAAAUGUCUGUGAC